GCUUCCUGCGGUCAUGGCUCGGAGAAGUUGGUGGUCUUUAGCCAAAGCAUGGCAGAAGUUGUUCUUAGCGGUGCUCUUAUUGUCGGUGGGCUGUGCGAGCAGAGACCCAGCCUUCCUGGUGACGUUUCCUGCGGUGAUACCGGCUGGAUCCCCGGGGAUGCUGUGUGCCCACCUCCUUUACCCAAACGAAUCUCUGCGCAUGAAUGUGUUCUUGGAUGAUGAGUCCCAAAGCACAACCUUGUUGGCAAAAACCACCAAGAUGCCUUUCUUCAGUUGCUUUCAGUUUCAGGCCCCCGGUGUGAAAGAGGCAUCUGUGCAGAGCAUUAGGGUGGAGGUUCGAGGGUCCCGGUUUGUACUGAGGGAUCAGCGCAAGGUCAUGUUCCAGCCUGUCCGUCCUUCAACGUUCAUUCAGACAGACAAGCCAGUCUACAAACCUGGACAGACAGUGUAUUUCCGAGUAGUCACCUUGGAUAUGAACCUGGUUCCUGUUGAUCAGCUGUAUGACACAGUCUACUUGGAGGAUCCUAAUAACAACCGCAUUGACGAGUGGAACAACAUCACCUCAAGCAGCAAGAUCUUGGCGCUUUCCCAUCCCUUGAGUACCGAAUCUCCAGUGGGAAUUUAUCGCCUAGUCGUUUCGGUUGACCAGGAAACGACCGAGCAGACCUUUGCGGCCAGGGAAUAUGUCUUGCCCAGGUUCGACGUAACGCUGAAUGUGCCGUCGGAAGUAAAUGCCGCGGAGCCUCAACUCGGACUCGAAGCCUGUGCAAAGUACACCUAUGGGCAGCCCGUAUCUGGCAAAGCUGCGCUGGAAUUGUGUAGGACUCCGUACCCGUGGAUACGGGCCGAGGGUUCCCGUCAACGGUGUCUUGCGCGAUCCGUCCCGUUGAACAAGUAUGGCUGCGGCUCUUAUGCCUUCAAUGUGACAUACUUCCUUGGUGAGGGGCUCCAGGAUAUGCUGAGCUUCACUGCUUCAGUAGAAGAGCAAGGAACAGGCAUCGCUCUGGCGCGGUCUGCCAAUAUAAACAUGAAUUACUCCGCUGGUAGCGUGUGGUUUGUUGACACCCCAGACUUCUAUAAUCCUGGCUCAGUUUUUCAGGGGAAAAUUGUUCUUGUGGAUUACAAGAGUUCACCCGUAGCUUACUGGCCCAUUUACCUGUAUAAAGGCUUUUGGGAACCCCUCAAGCUUCUCAGAAAUCUUACGACUAACCGGUACGGUAUGGCCUACUUCUCGGUGAACCUGACAGGUCAACUGAACGAGGAACUCCAGUUGAGGGCGAGCUACUAUCCUCCAUCUGAGAUUUUCCACAUCCAGCCUCAGGCCCCAUUCUACCAGGAUGGGAUGCACACGGUCUUGCCGUUUCUGCCUCGGAAGGCGGCAUUCAGCUAUCUCUCUGUACUGAACGCGGAGCGACCGCUUCCUUGCGGGACGGUGGUACCGAUUGGUGUCCGGUACGCGUUGGUUGGAGACGAGCCUCAGGCUGACCCUCUAGACCUUAACUAUGUGGUCCUUUCCAGAGGAGCUAUUGCUUCUUAUGGGUCCCUGCGGAUCAAGUGGCCCCUCGCCGCAACUGAAGGCAAUACAACCAUCUCGCUGAGAGUGAAUCCUGAGCUGGCACCGGUGGUGCAAGUCCUGGUGUAUGUUGCUCUGCCUGGUGGAACUGUGAUCAGCGCAAGCAUGGCUUUCACCACUGAGGAGUGUUUCAAAUACAAGGUUGCGCUGGACUUCUCUCCGCCUGCUGCUGUUCCUGGAGAAAAUGGCACGCUGAAAAUCCAGGCUCGACUUGGCGCGUUGUGUGCCCUGACUGCUGUGGACCAGAGUGUGUUACUGCUUGAUAAAGGGAAGCGCCUGGAUGCAAGCAAGAUCUUCAAUUUGCUGCCGGUCCAAAUGAGUACGUCCAUACCGUACAUGGCGGAGGAUCCUGAGGUGUGUCCGCAAGUGAGACUGAAGCGUUUUGUAGCACCGCAGGAGGGAAUGGAUUCUUCUAAUGCAUUUCAAGCUGUGGGCCUGAAGGUGGCCACAAGUUUAGUGGCGGUACCACCGUUCUGCCUUUCCUUCAUGGGGAAGGAUUACCGUUCCGGUUACCGUGCACCAGGGGGCUUUGUUCCGUUUGGCGCGAAAGCUGCGCUCUUGCCCGAGUCGACUCCGGUGGAAACGGUGCGCGCCUUCUUCCCCGAAACGUGGAUCUGGGACCUUGUCCGAGUGGGGGACUCUGGGUCUGUGAAGGUGCCUCUCACUAUGCCAGAUACAAUCACCACCUGGGAAGCGGAUGCCUUCUGCUUGGCUGAUAUUGGCAUCAGUCUGGCUCCCCCAACAAACAUCACGGUCUUCCAGCCAUUUUUCCUGGAGAUCACCUUGCCUUACUCUCUUGUCCGGGGAGAGCGCUUUGACCUGAAGGCAACUGUAUUCAACUACCUUACCAAGUGCAUCAUGGUUAAGGUAACGGCAGCGCCGUCCUCGGCCUACAGACUGGACCCUUGCCCUGGCUGUCGGUAUUCCUCGUGCCUGUGUGCCAGUGAGACAAAGACUUUCCAGUGGGUUCUCGUUGCCGCUGUCCUUGGGUCCGUAAACGUGUCGGUGAGUGCGGAGGCUGUGGGGUCCCAGACCGUCUGUAACAACGAGAUGGUGACUGUGCCGGACAGGGGCCGGAUUGACUCGGUAUCCCGUGCCCUGCUGAUCAAGGCUGAAGGAACCGAGAAGACUGACUGCUACAGCUUUCUACUCUGUCCUAAUGGGGGUACUUCCCAAGAGCAGUUAGACUUGUCGCUCCCUGUGAAUGUGGUGGAAGGGUCGGCUCGUGCUUCAGUUUCUGUAGUGGGAGAUAUAAUGGGCCAAGCUCUGAAAAAUAUGGGUGACCUUUUGUCCAUGCCAUAUGGCUGUGGGGAGCAGAACAUAGCUGUCCUAGCCUCUGACGUGUACAUAAUGCAGUACCUGCAGUCAACUGGGCAACUGACCCCUGUUCUCUUGGAAAAGGCAACCGACUUCCUCAAAAUUGGCUACCAGAGGCAGCUGAACUACAGGAACAGCAAUGGCUCUUUCUCUACGUUCCCCGGUGGAGAAGGGAAUAACUGGUUGACUGCAUUUGUUAUGAGGGCUUUCUCCAAGGCCCAAGCAUUUACCUACGUGGACCCCAGAACCAUUGAAGAAGCGCAGGCUUGGCUGCUAACGACUCAGAAGCCUGAUGGAUGCUUCGGAACUACAGGGAAGCUCUUUCACAGUGGCUUGAAGGGUGGAGUGGAAGGAGAGGUGAUGCUUACUGCAUACAUUGCUGUGGCAUUGCUGGAGAGCAAUCUAUCGCACCCCGCGCUGAACCUCAGCUUGGCCUGCCUGAGGUCGGACGUCAGCUACCUGACGAGCACCUACACGACAGCCCUGAUGGCUUACGCCUUCAGCUUAGCUGGAGACGGGGAGAAACGGGCCCAGCUGAUGACGCGUCUAUACGGCCUUGCCGUUACGGAAGGGGGCCUCCUGCACUGGUCGCAAUCUGCCUCGGAGACCGCGGGCUCCCUGACUGUGGAAAUGACCUCCUACGUUCUGUUGGCGGUGCUCUCUACCGCCGCGCCGCUGUCGGCCGCUGAGCUCGGCUACGCGACGGGGAUUGUCCGCUGGCUGGUGAAGCAACAGAAUGCCUACGGAGGGUUCUCUUCCACGCAGGACACGGUAGUGGCCCUGCAGGCGCUUGCUCUCUAUUCGACGAUGGUGAAGAAUCCAGGAGGCUCCAGCACGGUGACUGUGCGGUCAGCCAGCGGUCAGCAGCAAGUCUUUGCUGUCAAUCUUGGCAACAAGUUGGUUUACCAAGAAAGGAUGCUGCAGGAUGUCAAGGGGCGCUACAGCAUUGUGGUUCAGGGUGGAAGCUGCGUCUCCGUGCAGCUGACGGUCCGUUACAACAUUCCCACUCCCGUACUCCAGUCCUCGUUCCGUGCCGUCGCUCGCGUGAGGAGCGACUGCGGAGGUGCUUUGACGCUGACUAUUGGGAUCCAAUAUACCGGCUUGCGGGAAAGAACCAACAUGGUGAUUCUGGAGAUCGAGCUGUUGUCCGGGUUUGCCCUUAAUCAAUCCUCAUUGGAACAGCUGAAGAAAUCUGCUAUGGUACAGCAAAUCGAUCAACAGGAUGAUCACAUUACAGUGUAUUUAACAGAGUUGCAGAGAGACGUUCCUGUGUCCUACGCCCUCGACAUGACGCAGCGGCUCAAAGUCGGCAACCUGAAGCCAGCUGCGAUCAAGAUAUUUGACUACUACCAGACGGGUGACCAAGCAAUGGCAGAGUACUCCUCCCCGUGUAAAUGAGCAAAUGUGGCUUUGCUGCAGUCUGGUGAUCUAUGGUGCUGGAAGAGUCAAUUGUUUGUCGCAACUUCAUAUUGCAAUAAAAGUGUCAUUCAAAAACAA